UGCCAGCACCGCCCUCAGGGGCCACCGCCUCCACCCGCGCCCGCGCCCGCGCCCGCAUCCUAGCGAACUAGAGGCUUUGCGCGCUCCGGACUGCCGCGCGCCUGGAAGCCCCAGCCCUGCGGAAUAGGAAAGCUGCGGGCACCCGAGCCCGGAGAGCGUAGGAGUGGCCUGCGCCUUCGCGUCACCUCGCGUCACCCCGGCCCGCCUGCUUCCCAGGGCUCCACACCCCGCCCUUGCGCAGGCGCACCGCUGCCUUACGGGUCCGCCCUUUUUCAAGAUUUGAAUUUCCCCCAGCCUAGCGAGGAGAAGCAAAAUACCCGGAUGGUGAGCGCUGGCCUUUUCGCGCCAAUAUUGAAAAGCACACCAAUCCUAUCCUCGUACCAGCCAAUCAGGAGAACUCCUGCCUUCAACCAGCAUACUGCUGCCACUCUGGGGCAAGGUCACAGCAUCUACGGAAAUCACAGGGACCUCUUCCUGCAGGCUUAGCUGGGACGUCCACACGUACUCUACAAGGGCGUUUAUCUGAAUCUGAGAAGAACAGGACCAUGGCCAUUCUUCUAAGCUCUCUACCCCCACCAAAUAUGAAGCCAGAGUGGGGGCAGGCCUUCUUCCAUGUGGCCAUGGCCACGUGCCUCUGUGUGGCUACCAUCUGUAUGGGCAUUUUUGACAGCGUCUUUGUGGAAGUGGGCUAUGAGCACUAUGCCGAAGCCCCAGUGGUCAGCCUGCCCACCUUCCUAGCCAUGCCCUUUAACUCGCUCAUUAACUUGGCCUACAUGCUCCUGGGAGUGUACUGGCUACAAAGAAAUGCCAGCAUCCCUCAAUACCCCACAGACCUAUGGAGGGUUCGCUACCUGAAGGAUGUCUUUGCCAGCAUGGCCCUGAUCUAUGGCCCUGUUCAGUGGCUGCGGAUCUGGACCCAGACACACUCCACUGCAGUGCUUGACCAGUGGCUCACUUUGCCCAUCUUUGCAUGGCCAGGGGCUUGGUGCCUCUCCCUACACAGAGGCUGGACGCCCUGGUUGUUGCUCUGUGUUGAGUGUCUCUCCUUGUCCAGUUAUGGUCUUGCCCUGCUGCACCCGCAGGGGUUUGAGGUAGCAUUGGGUGCUCAUAUAGUGGCUGUUGUUGGGGAGGCCCUUCACACCCACAGGCAGUAUGGCAGUGUCUACACAGCCAGAUACUUAGCCUUGGGCGUUCUCUCCUGCCUGGGCUUUGUGGUCCUCAAACUGUGUGACCAUCAACUCACACAGUGGCGGCCAUUCCAGCACCUCACAGGCCACUUCUGGUCUAAAGUCUGUGAUGUGUUCCAGUUCCAUUUUGCAUUUUUGUUUCUGACAAAUUUAAACACUUGCCUAAGACCCUAUCCCAAGGAGAAAAUGGGUUGAAGUGUGGGAAGAAGCUGCUUAGCUGAUGAGUCCCUACACUGAAAGAGACUCUAAGAUGGCAGUCUUCUAUCUGUGUUGGGUGCGAUUGGUGUGACAUAUACGAGGAAUCCAGAAGAGGCUGUCUCUCCCUUAGAUUCAUUUCAGGUAUGUCAGUACAGAGGCAGAUCACAGUCCUCUCUGCAACUUACUAGAAGACAUGAUGCAAAGCUUCUGGUACAAGGGAUGUGGGUUCAUCAGACUGGUCAUGUAACUCUUCUGUAGUUUUAAGUAUUUUAAAAAUAAAACUUCAGGGGGAAAUGACCCCAACUCUA